AUGAACUUCUUUAUACUCAGCGCCACGAUCAUAGCUACUGUAUCCGCCUUAACAGUGGAUCUCGCCUUAAGCUCUUGUCCUAACGCAGCGGCUUUCAAUAUUACCCAAACAAUUGAUGGAGACGAUAUUUUGCCGCUACCUGUAGACGCAGGCCCUGUUUGCGGCAUACAGGUGAUUUCGGCUUCACCCAACACUAGCUUCAGCGCCGUCGAGUGUGCUCUCAUUCUUGGAGAGGACGAUUAUCCUAUCGAUCAGGUGGCUUCUGCAUCAAGCCCUUACUGUUACAAGUAA